UCCUAAAACACCCUUUUAAGCUUUGUAGCACUGCUCCCCGGAGACGGCUAAACCUGUAGUUCAGUCCUGUGGAUCAGUAACAUUCCGGUGGUGGUGGCUGAACUUGUGGUUCACUCUGUCUAGCUGGAUCAACAAUUGAAAAGGUCGGUUCCAUCCUUAAUAUCCAAACAAGCCCUAAAGCAAAAAGUCCCUAAAAACCCAUGAAUUACACUUAAGUCCUCCUCCUCUUCAAAAACCCUCGAUUGAUUCGAGGUUUAACAAAAAGAUCUAGCCUCUUUCUUCGUCUUCUUCAUAUCUAGGGUUCUUCCAAACAUGAACCACCUCUUAAGGAAAUCAUGUUCUUCUUCAAUUGCGUCAAAGCAAACACUCACUGCUUUGAUGGUUUCAAUUGAAUCACUCCAUAUAUUCCCAUCUCCAUCAAAACCCACUGUUAACAACGAGAAAAGGAGAGAUUUUUCUAAGGUUUCUGAGAGAUAUGGAGGAAAUGGGUUUCUGGGGGUUCGUCAAUUUCAUUUUUCAACUACCCCUUUAGAAAUUAGAGCAUCAUCUACUUGUUUAAAAUCAGCUCCGUAUGCUGCUGCUGUUGCUGCUGAUUUCACUGAUCAAAGUGGUGUUGGAGUUGUUAGUGAUGAAGGUCUUGAAAUUUCUAAACUUGGGAUUCAUAAUGAUAUUGUUAUGGCUUUGGCUAACAAAGGAAUCACCAAACUGUUUCCUAUUCAGAAAGCUGUAUUGGAGCCUGCGAUGUCGGGGCGUGAUAUGAUAGGCAGAGCAAGAACUGGUACAGGGAAGACCCUUGCAUUUGGGAUUCCCAUCAUGGAUAAAAUCAUAAAAUUUAACGAGGCACAUGGGUUAGGAAGAAAUCCACUGGCUCUAGUUUUGGCUCCAACCAGAGAACUUGCUCGUCAAGUUGAGAAGGAAUUUCAUGAAUCGGCACCCAAGCUUCAUACCCUAUGUGUUUAUGGUGGUGUGCCUGCACACCAGCAGACACGUGAGCUUGAUUAUGGAGUUGAUGUCGUUGUUGGUACUCCUGGACGUAUUAUUGAUCUGUGUAACAGAGGGGCGCUAAACUUGUCUGAAGUUCAGUUUGUUGUUCUUGAUGAGGCCGAUCAGAUGCUUGCUGUGGGUUUCGACGAAGCUGUUGAAACAAUAUUGCAGAAGCUACCAACAAAGCGUCAGAGUAUGAUGUUCUCAGCCACAAUGCCACCAUGGAUUAGAAAGCUUACCCAAAAGUACCUUCAAAAUCCUUCAGUAGUUGAUCUGGUUGGAGAUUCAGAUCAAAAACUAGCUGAUGGUAUUACGUUGUACUCAAUUGAAGCAGAGAUGUACGGAAAGGCAUCAGUCAUUGGUUCUCUAAUUACAGAACAUGCAAAAGGAGGGAAAACUAUAGUUUUCACACAAACAAAAAGAGAUGCUGAUCGACUGGCUUACUCUAUGGGACAAAAGUUUAAGUGUGAGGCACUGCAUGGAGAUAUUGCACAAAAUCAAAGGGAAAGGACACUAUUAGGCUUCCGAGAUGGGGCAUUCAAUGUGUUAGUUGCUACCGAUGUUGCUGCUCGUGGACUUGAUGUUCCUAACGUUGAUCUCGUUAUACAUUAUGAGCUACCAAUGACCUCAGAGAUAUUCGUUCAUAGAUCUGGUCGAACAGGACGCGCUGGAAAGAAAGGUACUGCAAUUCUAGUCCAUUCUGGACAGCAGAUCAGACAAGUGCAGGGUAUUGCGAGAGAUGUGGGAUGCAAGUUCAUAGAGCUCCCUAAGAUUGCUGCUACGGGUGGAGGUGAGGACAUGUUUGGAGGCAUGGGUGGUGGUCAAUAUGGAUCAGGUGGUGGCGGAUCACGAGGUGGGUAUGGUGGUGGGUUUGGCAGUGGAUCACGAGGUGGGUAUGGUGGUGGAUCAUCUAGUGGUUAUGGCGGUGGAUCACGAGGUGGGUAUGGUGGUGGGUCGCAAGGGGGGUAUGGCGGUGCAUCGCAAGGUGGGUAUGGCGGUGCAUCACAAGGUGGGUUUGGCAGAUCAUCUGGUGGGUUUGGCAGUGGAUCAUCUGGUGGGUUUGGCAAUGGUUCAUCUGGUGGGUUUGGCAGUAGAUCAUCUGGUGGCUUUGGUGGAUCGGGUUCUGGAUUCGGUAACAGUAAUUCAGGUCCUUCGGGUGGAUAUGGUGGUCCUUCAUCGAGUGGAUUCGGUGGUCCUUCAUCUGGUGGGUUUGGCAGUGGAUCAUCUGGUGGGUUUGGUGGACGUUUUGGUGGAUCAGGUUCAGGUGGUAACAGUUCUGGCUCCGGUUUUGGCGGUAAUUCUGGAUUUGGUGGCAGUAAUCCAGGUCCUUCAUCAGGUGGAUUCAGUGGUCCUUCAGCAGGUGGAUCUGGUUCAACCCCUUCUCGCUUCAGCUUCGAAGAAUGAGUCCUCUUAAAGGGGGGGUGCAAGGGUUUUCAUGUUUUGGGCACAAAGGAAAUGCCAAGUGUUAUGUAAAGAUUAGGAAGGAGGAGCUGAAGGGGGUGCAAGGGUUUUCAUAAUUUGAUUGAUAUUCUUAUAUUUAGGUAUAGUCAGUUCGUAACCAACGCCUCGGUAUUUUGUGGGGGGGAAAAUGGAAGAAAAACAUAAGCUCAUGUUUAACGAAAAGUUAUUAUUAUCUCUAAUAUAUCUGUUUCUAAAGUGGUAAUCGUAUCUUCUCGAUCUUCGCCUGCUUAACGUGUAUUUAACUGGUUCUAUUA